AUGAAGCUCUCGCAGAACCUGUUCCUUGCUGGGAGCGCUAGAGCUCUGAUUGAUGCGGUUCCACUGACCGGGGAUUGUGUGGUAGAUGAGGCAACGAUGAAGGAAAUUGGGGUGAAUUUUGAUUGUCAAGGAAGUCGAAAGAAGCGAAGGGAUGAGGCCCUCGAUCAAAGCGUCUCGAUUUCCCUCGGCUCUGAUGGAUUUGUUUACAUCACUGGUUGUAUUGCUGAAAGUCCUGAAUUAGACGUGAUGCACUGUGUUUUGGAAAUGCGAACAAACUUCGAGUACACUCCGCAUUUGAGCUACCUAAACGUCAACGACGAUUACUACUACGUCUUCUACGAGGACUGGAACAAGACGGACAAGCUUUACACAUUCAAAUUCCAGCACAAAGACGGAUUCGAAGACAGCAUCCUCGUUUCGCAUGUUCCAAAGGACGAGGAAGCGCGAAAUGAAGUUGUUUCUUCUUGCAUGCUUUUGUCUGAGAACGAUUACGCGUGGGGAGGGAGCUCUUUUAGCCAAAGAAUGGAUGGCGGCGUUCAUACGAAUCCUGAAAUGGGCCCGGUUCCCUUUGUGCCACGGGAUACCUUCCUCAUCCCUUUCGUCGGCAACGGUGGGCUCAUCGAGCCGUACUGGAUCGGACAAAGCAAGAUGGGAAGUUGGUCGGUUCUCGUCGAUCAUCGCUCGCCUAUUCCGCUCUCAAGCUCGGUUCGGCCUGGGGAGAAUGGAAUCAAGACCGAAUUAUGCAUCUUCUCGGACUACCAAGACUCCGAAUUCGACAAGCGAUCCUCUGAGCCCAUCCUGCCCCUGGAAUACUACGUAACACUCGGUGCCGAUGCUCGAUCCGUUCAGCGCUCGUUUCAAAAGACGGUCAAUAAACCCACUGAGCUUCCGGAGCGAUCGAUUAUUUACAACCCGAUCUUUUCAUCUUGGGCGAUUUACAAGAAAACCAUCAACCAGGAGAAGCUGGAAGAGUUUCUUGACGAAAUAACGAGCAAUGGAUACACUGCUUCGAAUGUUGAAAUUGAUGAUGGAUAUGAAAUUGCGUAUGGAGAUCAUGAUUUUGACCCAUCAAAAUUCUCCGAUAUCUCUGGCUGGAUUGAAAAAGUUCAUGAAGCAGGAUCGAACGUCACUCUUUGGGUGACUCCCUUUAUCAACCCCCCUUCUGAGAAUUUCGAAACUGUUUCGGAAAUGGGAUGUUUUGUCAAAGGAGAAAGAGAGAAUGGAGAGGAGUUUGAGAUUGUUCCUUGGUGGGAUGGAGUCGGCGGCAUGGUUGAUUUUACUGAUGCCAUUUGCGCCAACUGGUUCACAAAUCAUUUGCAAGAAAAACUCGACAAGCACGGAUUCGACGGUUUCAAAUUCGACGCUGGAGAGACCAACUACAUGGCGAGCAAUUUUAAAACGCGAGGAAAUGUUCUUCGAUCUGUCGAUUGGACUCGAGCUUAUGACAAAACCAUUGCGGAUAAUUUCCCGGGCAUUUCUGAAGUGAGAUCGGGUUGGGGAAAUCAGCAUUUGGCGAUUUGGAUGAGGAUGUUUGACAAGGACUCGAAGUGGGGAAGUGAUAAUGGAUUGCAGACUAUGGUGCCGCAUUUGAUUCUAUCUUCGCUUAUCGGGUACCAGUAUAUUUUGCCAGACAUGGUCGGUGGAAACGCUUAUGAGGAUGGUUUUGAAGGAACUUAUGUUCCAGAAGAAGAAUUGUAUAUUAGGUGGAUGGAAGUUACUGCAUUCAUGCCUUCGAUUCAGUUCUCACUUUCACCCUGGCAAUACGAAAAUCCGUCAACCCGUCAACUCUGUAAAUACUGGACCGAUUUCCAUCACGACAUCAUCGCCCCUCUUUACGAACAAGUUUGGGAAGACUACAUCGCUGGAUCCGAAAUCCUCCCCAUUGCUCCGGUCUCUUACCUCGCUGAGAAAACCGAGCUCUCGAAGGAGAUUUAUGAACUGACUCAAAGCUGGAUUAUUGGCGAAAAGUAUCUUGUAGCUCCGAGUGUAACGAAGGGAGAGAGAAUGAUGAUCGUUUAUUUACCAGGACGAAGCCUGCUCUGGAGAAAUUAUUUCACAGAUGAAAUUCGCGUUGGCGGACAAUUCUACACCCUGCCUAUCGGUUUGGAAGAAGUUCACUUCUGGGAGCGACUCGAAUAA